AGGGCCCGGCCGGGGCGCGGAUGCCGGGCGGCUGCGCGCACGGGGAGCUGCGCGUCCGCUCCUCCCCGCCGCGGCCACCAUGGCCAGUGGCAGGCGCCAGGGCUGCGAGGACGAGGAAACUCUGAAGAAGUUGCUCGUCAGGCUGAACAAUGUGCAGGAAGGGAAGCAGAUAGACACGCUGGUGCAGACCCUGGAGGACUUGCUGGUGUUCACCUUCUCCGAGCGCGCCUCCAACUUGUUUGAAGGCAAAAACUUCCACGUGCCUCUGCUGAUCGUCCUGGACUCCUACAUGAGAGUGGCCAGCGUGCAGCAGGUGGGUUGGUCACUCCUAUGCAGGUUAAUAGAGGUCUGCCCAGGUACGAUGCAAAGCUUGAUGGGCCCGCAGGAUAUCGGGAAUGACUGGGAAGUCCUCGGGGUACACCAACUGAUACUUAAAAUGCUAACAGUUCAUCACACCAAUGUAAACCUGUCAACGGUUGGACUCAAGGCCUUAGAUCUCCUCCUCGCUUCAGGAAAAAUCACGCUGCUGAUACUGCAUGAAGACAGUGAUAUUUUCUUGUUAAUUUUUGAUGCCAUGAACAUGUUUUCAAGCAAUGAUGAAGUCCAGAAACUGGGAUGCAAAGCUUUACAUGUGCUGUUUGAAACUGUUUCUGAGGAACAACUGACCGAAUUUGUUGAGAACAAAGAUUAUAUGAUACUGCUAAAUGCACUAAACAAUUUUAAAGCUGAAGAGGAAAUUGUGCUUCAUGUACUGCACUGUUUGCAUUCCCUAGCAGCCUCCUGCAAUAAUGUUGAAGUCCUCAUGAGUGGCAACGUCAGAUGUUACAAUAUUGUUGUGGAAGCGAUGAAAACAUUCCCUGUCAAUGAAAAAAUUCAAGAAGUGAGCUGCUGCUUGCUGCACAAGCUUACGCUGGGCAAUUUUUUCAAUAUCCUGGUAUUAAAUGAGGUCCACGUGUUCGUGGUGAAAGCCGUGCAGCAGUACCCGGAGAACGCAGAGCUGCAGACCUCGGCUCUGAGCUGCUUAGCACUCCUCACUGAGACCAUUUUCUUAAAUCAAGACUUAGAGGAGAGGAAUGAGAACCAGGAGAAUGAGGAGGAGGAAGAGGGGGAAGAGAAACUGUUUUGGCUGGAAGCCUGUUACAGGGCACUAACGUGGCACAGGAAGAACCAGCGCGUGCAGGAGGCUGCAUGCUGGGCACUCGCUAACCUCCUCAUGUACCAGAACAGCUUACACCAGAAGAUUGGAGAUGAAGAUGGCCAGUUCCCCGCCCACAGGGAGGUGAUGCUGGCCAUGCUCAUGCACGCGUCCUCCCGGGAAGUCCUCCGCGCGUCUGCAGCCGCGCUGUGCACGCUCUUGGAGCAGAAUGUUAAUUUCAGAAAAAUCCUGUUGUCCAAGGGAAUAUACCUGAACGUGCUGGAGCUCAUGCAGAGGCACAAACAUUCUCCCGAAGUGGCUGAGAGCGGCUGUAAAAUGCUGAACCAUCUUUUUGAAGGAAGCAAUGCUUCCUUGGAUACAGUGGAAGGGUUGGUCCCCAAAAUAAUAACAGUUAUGAAAAACCACGAGACGUCAUUGCCAGUACAGCUGGAGGCGCUGCGAGCUAUUUUACAUUUUAUAGUGCCAGGUAUGCCAGAAGAAUCCAGAGAUGAAUCUCAACGUAAACUGAAUAUGCUUAGGAAACAGUGUGUAAAGAAUGAUAUUCACAAACUGGUCCUAGCGGCUUUGAACAGGUUCACUGGAAAUCCUGCGAUUCAGAAAUGUGGGUUAAAAGUCAUGUCUUCCAUUGCACAUUUCCCCGAGGCACUGGAGCUGCUAUCCCUGGGCGGGGCCCUUGAUUUAGUGCUUCACACUCUGCAGAUGUAUCCAGAUGACCAAGAAAUCCAGUGCCUGGGUUUAGGUCUCAUAGGAUGCUUGAUUCCAAAGAAGAAUUUGUGCCUAAAAGCUGCGCAUCUGGUGGCCAAAAUUCUGGUUCACAGUUUACAGCGAUUUAAAGAUGCUGCUGAAGUCCAGAUUAAGGGAUUCCAGACAAUCCUGGCAAUUCUUGAAUUGUCAGCAUCUUUUUCCAAUCUGCUGGUGCACCAUUCGUUUGAUGCAGUAAUAUUCCAUCAGUUGUCUUCCGGCAUCACUGAGCAGAAGGAUCGACAGUUUCUGAGCCUCUGCUGCAAGUGCCUUGCGAAGUUAGCUGUGGAUGAGGAGUCAAAGAGCAUGAUGCUGAGGAGAGCCUGCGACCAGAGCAGCAGCGUCAUGGUGGAGUGCCUGCUCCUGCUGGGCGCUGACGCCAAUCAAGCAAAGGAGACGACACCUCUGAUCUGCCAGGUAUGUGAGAAAGAGAGCAGUCCCAAACUGGUGGAACUGCUUCUCAACAGCGGAUCCCGUGAGCAAGACGUGAGGAAAGCGCUGGAAAUAAGCAUCCGGAGGGGCGACAGCCAGGUCAUAGGCUUACUCCUGAGGAGGCUUGCCCUGGAUCAGGCCAACAACAGUAUCUGCCUGGGAGGAUUUGGAAUAGGAAAGAUCGAGCCUUCCUGGCUUGCACCUUUAUUUCCAGAUAAGACAUCUCAUUUAAGGAAACAGACAAAUAUAGGAUCUAUGCUAGCAAGAAUGGUGCUCAGAUACCAGAUGAAAAGUGCUAAUGAAGAAGGGACAGCCACAGGCAAUGACGGGAACUUUCCUGAAGAUGUACUUGAUAAAUUUGAUGAAUGGACCUUCAUCCCAGAUUCUUCUGUGGACAGUGUGUUUGGUCAGAGUGAUGACCUGGACAGUGAAGGAAGUGAAGGUUCGUUUUUUGUGAAAAAGAAAUCAAAUUCAAUUAAUGUAGCAGAAUUUUGCCGAGACCCCGUGUUGCAGCGCUGCUCUCCAAAUUUGCAGAGACAUUCCACUUCAUUGGGGCCUGUUUUUGAUCAUGAAGAUUUCCUGAGGAGAAGAAGAAAACUAUUGUCCUCAGAUGAUUCACUCAGGUCCUCCAAACUUCAGCCCCAUGUGAGGCAUUCAGACAGCGCCUCUUCCACGGCUGGGGAGAGAGAGCACAUCACGUCCCUCGACCUUUCCGCCAAUGAGCUCCGAGACGUGGACGCCCUGGGCCAGAAGUGCUGCAUCAGCGGCCACCUGGAGCACGUGCAGCGGCUGGAGCUCCAGCAGAACGCGCUGGCCAGCUUCCCGAAGCUGCUGUGCGAGACUCUGAAGUGCUUGACACAUCUGGAUUUACAUAGUAAUAAAUUCACAUCGUUUCCUUCCUGCUUGUUGAAAAUGAGUUGCAUCUCCAACCUUGACGUCUCUCGAAAUGACAUUGGACCCUCCAUGGGUGUAGAUGGCUCGGUGAAGUGUCCCACCCUGAGGCAGCUGAACCUGUCUUACAAUCAGCUGUCUUCUGUUCCUGAAACCCUUCCGGUGGUGGUGGAGAGGUUGGAGCAGCUCAUUUUAGAAGGUUUAGCUACUAUGCCUUUCUUGCCUUCUUCCAUAACAAGCCUAAAGUUAUCUCAAAACAAAUUUACAUGCAUUCCAGAUGCCAUUUUAAAUCUACCACACUUACGGUCCUUAGAUAUGAGCAGCAAUGAUAUUGAAUAUCUGCCCAGUCCUGCAAACUGGAAAUCUCUGAACUUAAGAGAGCUCUUAUUUAGCUACAAUCAGAUCAGCGUCUUGGACUUGAGUGAAAAAGCAUGUACAUGGUCCAGAGUAGAGAAACUGCAUCUUUCUCAUAAUAAACUGAAAGAGAUUCCUCCUGAGAUUGGCUGUCUUGAAAAUCUGACCUCUCUUGAUGUUAGCUACAACCCAGAACUGAGAUCCUUUCCCAAUGAAAUGGGGAAAUUGAGCAAAAUAUGGGACCUCCCCCUGGAUGAGCUGCACCUUAACUUUGACUAUAAGCACAUCGGAUGCAAAGCCAAGGACAUCAUAAGGUUUCUUCAGCAGCGGUUGAAAAAAGCCGUGCCCUACAAUCGGAUGAAACUUAUGAUCGUGGGCAACACCGGGAGUGGUAAGACCACAUUAUUACAGCAACUGAUGAAAAUCAAGAAGUGUGACCUUGGGCUGCCGGGUGCCACGGUGGGCAUCGAUGUGAGAGACUGGCCUAUCCAGAUAAAAGGCAAGAAGAAGAGAGACCUUGUUCUCAAUGUGUGGGAUUUCGCAGGUCGUGAGGAAUUCUACAGUACUCAUCCCCACUUUAUGACCCAGAGAGCCUUGUACCUCGCAGUCUAUGACCUCAGCAAAGGGCAGGCGGAAGUGGACGCCAUGAAGCCCUGGCUCUUCAACAUAAAGGCACGCGCUUCCUCCUCCCCCGUCAUUCUUGUGGGCACGCAUCUGGACGUUUCCGAUGAGAAGCAGCACAAAGCCUGCGUGAGUAAAAUCACCAAGGAACUCCUGAACAAGCGAGGUUUUCCUGCGAUUCGAAAUUAUCUCUUUGUGAACGCUACUGAGGAGUCCGACGCUUUGGCAAAGCUCCGGAAAACCAUCAUCAACGAGAGUCUUAAUUUCAAGAUCAGGGAUCAGCCUGUUGUGGGGCAGCUAAUUCCAGAUUGCUACGUAGAACUUGAGAAAAUCAUUUUAAUGGAGCGUAAAAACGUGCCAAUUGAAUUUCCUGUAAUUGACCGGAAACGAUUGUUACAACUGGUAAAGGAAAAUCAGCUACAAUUAGAUGAAAAUGAGCUUCCUCAUGCCGUUCAUUUCCUAAAUGAAUCAGGAGUUCUUCUUCAUUUCCAAGAUCCUGCACUGCAGUUAAGCGACUUGUAUUUUGUGGACCCCAAGUGGCUUUGUAAAGUCAUGGCACAGAUUCUGACAGUAAAAGUAGAAGACUGUCCAAAGCACCCUAAGGGGAUCAUUUCACGCAGAGACGUGGAGAAGUUUCUUUCAAAGAAGAGGCGAUUUCCAAAGAACUAUAUGACGCAGUACUUUAAACUCCUAGAGAAAUUUCAGAUUGCCUUGCCAAUAGGAGAAGAGAAUUUGCUGGUUCCAAGCAGUUUGUCUGACCACAGUCCUGUGAUAGAGCUUCCCCAUUGUGAGAACUCGGAAAUUAUCAUUCGACUAUACGAGAUGCCUUAUUUUCCAAUGGGAUUUUGGUCAAGAUUAAUCAAUCGGCUACUUGAAAUUUCACCUUACAUGCUUUCAGGAAGAGAACGAGUUCUUCGCCCAAACAGAAUGUACUGGCGACAGGGCAUCUACUUGAAUUGGUCUCCUGAAGCUUACUGUCUGGUAGGAUCUGUGGUCUUAGGCAAUCAACAAGAGAGUUUCUUAAAAAUUACAGUUCCUUCUUGUAGAAAAGGCUGCAUUCUUUUGGGCCAAGUUGUGGACCAUAUUGAUUCUCUCAUGGAGGAAUGGUUUCCUGGUUUACUGGAGAUCGAUAUUUGUGGUGAGGGAGAAACUCUGCUGAAGAAAUGGGCACUCUAUAGUUUUAACGAUGGUGAAGAACAUCACAAAAUCUUGCUUGAUGACCUGAUGAAGAAAGCAGAAGAAGGGGACCUUCUGGUAAAUCCAGACCAGCCAAGACUCAAAAUUCCUAUAUCUCAGAUUGCUCCUGACCUGGUUUUGGCUGACCUGCCUAGAAAUAUUAUGUUGAACAAUGAUGGAUUGGAAUUUGAGCAAGCUCCGGAAUUCCUUUUAGGUGAUGGCAGUUUUGGAUCAGUCUAUCGAGCAGCCUAUGAAGGAGAGGAAGUGGCUGUGAAGAUUUUUAAUAAACAUACAUCACUCAGGCUAUUGAGACAAGAGCUGGUGGUGCUCUGCCACCUUCACCACCCCAGCUUGAUAUCUCUGCUGGCUGCUGGGAUUCGUCCCCGGAUGCUGGUGAUGGAGCUGGCCUCCAAGGGUUCCCUGGAUGGCCUGCUCCAGCAGGACAAGGCCAGCCUCACCCGGACCCUGCAGCACAGGAUUGCGCUCCACGUGGCUGAUGGCUUGAGAUACCUCCACUCAGCCAUGAUUAUCUACCGGGACCUGAAACCCCACAAUGUGCUGCUGUUCACCCUGUAUCCCAACGCUGCCAUCAUCGCCAAGAUUGCUGACUACGGGAUUGCGCAGUACUGCUGCAGGAUGGGCAUCAAGACGUCGGAGGGCACGCCAGGGUUCCGUGCUCCUGAAGUUGCCAGAGGAAACGUCAUUUAUAACCAACAAGCUGAUGUUUAUUCAUUUGGUUUACUACUCUAUGACAUUUUGACAACUGGAGGUAGAAUAGUAGAGGGCUUGAAGUUUCCAAAUGAGUUUGAUGAAUUAGCAAUACAAGGAAAACUACCUGAUCCAGUUAGAGAAUAUGGGUGUGCUCCGUGGCCUAAGGUUGAGAAGUUAAUUAAGAAGUGUCUGAAAGAAAAUCCUCAAGAAAGGCCUACUUCUGCCCAGGUCUUUGAUAUUUUGAACUCAGCUGAGUUAAUCUGUCUUAUGAGACAUAUUUUAAUACCCGAAAACAUCAUUGCUGAAUGCAUGGUUUCUACGAAUCCUAACAGCAAGAAUGCGAAGAUUUGGCUGGGCUGUGGGCACAGCGACAAAGGGCAGCUCCACUGUAUUGACUUAAACACUGAAGGACACACUUUGGAGGAGGUGGCUGACAGCAGAAUACUGUGCUUGGCUGUGGUACACCUUCCUGCGGAGAAGGAGAGCUGGGUUGUGUCUGGGACACAGUCUGGUGCUCUCCUGGUCAUGAGCACGGAUGACGGGAUGAAGAGGCAUGCCCUUGAGAAGAUGACAGAUUCGGUUACCUGUUUGUACUGCAGCUCUUUCUCCAAGCAAAGCAAGCAAAAUUUUCUUUUGGUGGGAACUGCCAAUGGCAACUUAGCGAUUUUUGAAGACAAAACUGUUAAGUGUGAAGGCGCCAGGCCCCUGAAGACUCUGAACAUAGGGACUGUCAGCACGCCGCUGAUGUGUCUGAGUGAAUCCAUGAAUUCCAGUGAGAGGAAUAUCAUGUGGGGAGGAUGUGGCACCAAGAUUUUCUCAUUUUCGAAUGACCUCAUCAUUCAGAAGCUCAUUGAGACGAAGACAAAUCAGCUGUUUUCUUAUGCAGCUUUCAGUGACUCCAACAUAAUAGCUGUGGUGGUAGACACAGCUCUCUACAUAGCGAAGAAAAACAGCCCUGUGGUGGAAGUGUGGGACAGGAAGGCGGAGAAGCUCUGUGAGCUCAUAGACUGCGUGCACUUGCUGAAGGAAGUAGUGGUCACAACCAGCCAGGACUCGAAACACAAACUGUCCUAUUCUGGGAGAGUGAAGGCUCUGUGCCUUCAGAGGAAUACGGCCCUCUGGGUAGGAACUGGAGGAGGCCACAUUUUACUCCUCGAGCUUUCCACUCGGCGAGUCAUACGUGUAAUCGACAACUUCUGUGGUUCUGUGAGAGUCAUGAUGACUGCACAGCUAGGAAGCCUUAAAAAUGCCAUGCUGGUUUUGGGAUACAACCGGAAAAGUACUGAAGGCAUAAAUCACCAAAAAGAGAUACAAUCUUGCUUGUCAAUUUGGGACAUCAACCUUCCACAUGAAGUGCAAAAUUUAGAAAAACACAUUGAAAUGCGACAAGAAUUAGCUGAAAAAAUGAGAAGAACAUCUGUUGAAUAACAGAGACGUCAGAAACUGUCCUUUUUGGGUGGGAAAAUUGCUCCUUGAAAAUACUUCUUUCACAAUAUUUACGUUGAAAGGGAAGCUUCUUUUCGAAGUUGCUCUUGUGUAUAUGAAGGAAUGUUUAUGUGUUUAUUUUUAAAUUAAAUAUAUGUAAAAUAGUUAUCAGUGAAGAUGUAUUCCAAGAAACUAUUUAAAAUGCAUGAGUUCUAUUGCCUGUAUGCCCUAAUUAAUUUGGUGAAUUAAUUAAAGUAAAUCUAUAAAGUA